UCUUAUACCACUUGUGUGUCUAGGUCCGUCUGUUGCGGUUGCCAACGUAAUACUAGUAGUGACGAGGUAUUUAGGUUUCGCUGUGGAAUAAACAAGUUGGCACCACCAGUGGGUCCUUGAACCACCGUCUUCCGGUUCCCUUUUCUUCGUCCGAAGGAGCCUGCCGUGUACAACUUUUUCUGCUCUUUCGUCUACAACUUCCGGCUACAACGAACAACUCUGUCACGAUGGGAGCGGGCGAAAAUGACCCCGCGGCUGUCGAGGCCGUCAGCGUGGAGGUGCCUUCGGAGACGCAAAAACCGGAAAAAGAGGGAAGAGCAGAACUUACGUUGCAGGAGAUGCUAGAGAAACUGUUGAGCAAGAAGAAUUUAGGUACUUGUAUUUGAAGAUUCUCCCGCAGAGAUGGUUUACGGGAUUUUUUUUGCCCUGUCAUGCUGAAUUUCUGAAUUUUACUACAUUUUUUAUGAAUUUGUUUCAACUCAAACAGCGAAAGACCAGUUUCUCCGGGGCUGCAUCAGUCCCCAGAUGUACGUGUCCGUUGCGGAUCUGCUGAAACUAUCAACUGCAUCAAAAGCAAUAUCGUACUCGUACUAGUUGCAAGAUUACAUGACCAAUGCUCUGCUAUACCUUAAUCAGCAUUACAAAUUCCACUUUUGCUCCUGGGUACUUAAAUUUGUAUAUGCAAUCUUCCCUACUAGUACCUGCUACGAUACAUUACUUUUGCAAUUCAUAGAAGCACGACCGGAUCUGCGCCAUGAGGAAGCCGGUCACGGAGCAGGACAUCCUGGCUUAUGACAAUGCACAACUCCCCCUCCCCCUCAUUUGUAAUGCAUGAACGGCAACACAAGCAACGGCAGAAAUGGACCUUCUCCUGCAUGACAAAUCUACACACGGACUGUAGUACUGUUUCAGGUUCUGAAAUUUGUCAUGCAAACAGUGCUUCAGCACAAGUCGUGGAUUCGGUAUUUUGCAUCACAAAUGAGGGGGAGGGGGAGUUGUGCACUUUCAUAUGGCUGCCGCGGAACACAGUGCGAAACUAGGCGUGGAUCUGGAGCAGAAACUGGUCCGGCCCAUGCUGCGAUCGAAGCGCAACACGAUCAUCGUGCGGGAAUUUCCUAUGCAUUGCAAAGGCAUCGUACUAGUACAUAUCGCAUGACAAAUUUCCUUAGCAUGAGAAAUCAGAUUUGUAAUGCGGAUGUACCUUGAGAAUGAGAUUUGUAAUGCAUGAAUGCGAUUAGUACGAGUGCGAUACUUUUGCACAGGAUAUUUCCGUACGGGGAGCAAGUUUUGAAGAACGACGUACUAUUGUGGAAUUCGAUUUCUUUUUUUGGUGAUGAAAAACUUGUCAUGGUGCAUAAUUUGUGCUUCUUCUCAUACUCAUUCUCAUACAUUGCAUUUGAACGUGCUUGUAGCAACACGAAUGCGAAAAUUUCUUGGGCAGCACGAGCACGGGUACCAGUUUCGUUUGCAUUUCUUUAUCUUUUUCACAUUCACUACACUACGACUACGCGUCCCGAUCGAUGGGCACCAUGGAUGAAAAUAACCUCAGAUUCUCGGCCGUUUAGACGAGUCCCUGCGAUCGCAAAUCGUCGGCAUCAAAGCCGAUGUGUGCGACACCUGGUUUCUGAUAUGCAUUGCAAAAAUUUCUGGAUCUGGAACACUGCAAUUUGUCAUGCUAAGUUUGGAUCGUGCAAAAAUCUGUAUUGCAUGGCUACCAAAUAAAGUUGCCCACUUUUGCCAAUCUGAGAGGCAGUUUCUCAUGCAGGAUAGCCAUGAUAAAGACCCCACAGAACAACUAGAACCUGUCAUCCUGCUGGCUCCUGCAUGCUAGACCCCAAGGGUCAUGGAAAAUCUGCAUCACAAGUCUUGCAAGACUUCAGACCCAGACAUAUUUGCAAUGCACAUCUGAAGUGCGCCAGCGACGAUGCGACACAGAAAAUCGCGUUGUUUCUCCGUGAUCAAGAGUACGAGGGGAAAAAAAUCCAGUCGGCGAUCAAAUCGGAACACUUCCUGAGGAGCUUCUUUCCUGUCCACGGAGUGCCGCCAAAUAGUAUCAUUUAGUACAUACUCCUGCUUCUACUGAGACUGUUGAUAGAUAAUCGCGAAACUCGAGCUGGAUGAACGUUUAAACAAUGAGCGCAGCCACAGGAGGAUGAAGUAGCUGCAUGACUUCUACCUGAUAAAAAAGAAAAUGCAAAAUUCAUUCCAUCUAAUACAGACCUCAUCCCGCUCAACACGCCGCCGGGGAAUGACACAACAAACUGCGGCGUCGCGAAUAUGAUGCUGAACGCAAGCCCGCCCAUGGGAGCCGCAGGACAAGUCCCGAAUAUGCAGAUGCAGCCCAUGCAGCUGUCACCGCAGCCCAGCGCGGCGCCCAUGAGCUGGGGAGCAGGUAUUUUUUGAAGAGUUAAGAAGUUUAGUUGAACUGCGAUGAUUCCAGAAAGACAAAGAGUUUACUAGUAGUCCUUUUACUCAAGAAGCCGUGCAAAAAAACCAUGAUGUGCUGAUGUCAAAUCGUGAUCAUCAGAAAUGUUUCCGGCCAGCCCGGUGCCCUUGAUGCCCCAGACGCAGCCGGUGCUGAGAGUGCUAGCGCAGGUCAACGGCGGAAGCUGGAACCCCUGGGGACAUGCGCACCGACAACCGCGUAAGAACGUGUUUUUCCUGUUGAUCUCAAUAGUUUUAGUAAUUUUGCUACGGCUCCUACACCAGAAAUCUAUGAUAAAUUACAGAACUCACACCUUCUGUUUCUUGUCCUCUACUGUAAAGAACACGCACUAUAUGCUAAGUAAGUACUUAUUUGUUCACGAUCACGUACACUCGUUCGCAUCAAAUUACAAACACAGGUAAACUCUCCAUGCCGUCUGCGGAAUGGUUGCGAAAGGCGAACAAAUCGAAGAGCAAGUGGUCGCAGAGCUCGUGGCAACAAAAUAAGUGGAACGGAAACGUGGCCAAUUCGCAGUACAACACGGGCAGUUUGUUAUGCAUAGGAAGCUGCCGAAGAUGUUAGUUUUUUGUCAUGCAUGGUCGCGGGCGGGAAAGGCUGAGGCAUAGUAAGUCUUAAUGCAGUCUGUCUGCCCCUGGUCCUGCACUUCGCGGCCAUGCAUGAGAAAAAAUCACAUCAAUUUUUUCACCUCUACACCCUCGAAACGGUUACUACUCCCACGAGUGGCAGACGAGAAACCAGAUGCAGGGAAGGAAGCAAUACCAACAUACGUAUUUUUCAUUUUGAUUUUGUUUUGACGUUUCUUGACACCAUCUUUAAAUCUACUUGUGCCCGCCGCGGGUAUGUGCACUUUUCAUGCUGCCAGAGUAGUUCUCCUUCUCGUCUACAAGCCCAAUAAACGCUUUUCAAAAUAAUCGCAGGUCGUGGGGAAUAAAGAACGGCUCCUCGUGGAACAAUGGUGGUAAUGCGGAACACAACUACACCAACGCCGGGAGCAGCGUGCCCAACAAGUCAAACACAAACGGAAAUAAUGUCGUUCCAAAGCACAACGGUUGUGCCACCAUUCCGGAACAUCCCGCGGGUGAGCAGGAGGGUGUGGUCGAGCAGGUUCAGGAUCAGGUGCAGGACAGCAAAACAUUCACUCCAUCUCCAAACAAGGACAAAAACAAAAGCAAAGCCUCCUCACAUCACAACAACUACACACCGGAUGCGACAACUGGAAAUUCCGCCGACGGAAAUAAAUCAUCCACUGCGCCGACGACCACGAAGUCCUCACCGCAAAAGCCAAAACUCGAGACUGUUCUCGCUCCCGCCUCACCCCGCCCAAAUGGUGCAUCUUCCGGUGCUUCAGCGGAGAAAAAUGCAGACGAGGCUGGUGCAGAAGGAGCUUGGGAGACGGUCGGGAGCAAAAAGAAGAAAAAAUCUAGCCCGAAACUGGUGGUGGAAAAUAAAUCUGCAGAGAACACCAGCCCCAACGGUGCGACGGAGAAGGAGGUGGAAAACCAAGAAAAUUCAUCCGGUGCAACUGCUGGCGACGAGCCGCGUGUGCAAUGA